AUGCUAGUGCUGAACCUUCUUCCGAUGCUUGUUACUGCAGUGCUAGCUGCAGACCAGGGCAAAAAGUGCGAUAUCCUAAACGCCAAGGGUUGUUCUGGUGAUAACGCCGUACAAUGCUAUACCUGGCCAGGGAGAACUUUUAUGACUUGGAAUUACGUUGAAUCCUGUUUUGAUCAAGGGAAAAAAUGUAGCGGGGCAGGUACUUGUUAUUGCCCGUGA